AUGGCCCUCGUCGAAGAGAAGAUUGACACACGACUUCCGUACCGGAUUGGUUACCCGAUAUUGCCUGUCCUUAAGGUCGAAACACGAGGCGCCGGUGAUAAAGUACGGAGUUACUUUGCCAAUUUCGACGACUUCAAGAACAGUAUCCUACCUAUAUUCGCUGAGCAUAAUGUUCCUUGCGGCCCUAUGCGCUUUGCAUACCGGGUAAAUCCUGGAAUGGAUGCUACUGAUCAGCACCUCACUCUUGUCAUCCCGUCUUGGUACGAGCAUGGCUGUCAAGAUCGAUGGGUCGCCGUGGUCAAAGCGAUUCGCUUGAGCCUAGUUGAGUCUGGCAUUGACUGUGCUAUCGAAUUGAUCGACAACCUGGUAUACAUCUUGGGGCUCUUUAUCGCACCUAUCUUGUCGACUGAUCGUGAUCUUAUUGAAGGCUGGAAUAAAGUCCGUUCUACUUUCCAUACUAUGAUCGAGAGUCGAGAUUGGGUUUCAGUCGAUGUUUUCCGCCGUGAAUUCCCAUCGCUCGGAAUGCGCCCAACAGUCAUCAUAUGCGCACGGGAUGCCAACGACGAUACGUGGUGGAAUUCAACUCUCCCCGCCCUCCAGGAGCUGCUGAAAGCCAAUCAUCUGGAGCUUGACAUUGUCCUCCUUUUCCAUGAAGGCAUAACCCUUAUGACUGGCUCCGCUCCCGGAGUUGGUACUGAGCCUGAUCUUGCGGUCGCUCAGGACUUCUACCGCUCCAAAAUCUACAUGGGCACAUCAUGCGCAACGUCCGAUUCAAACAGAACCGGGACCUUAGGUGGUAGGGUCAAGCUAGAGCAUGGGGAUGCUGUUCUUGAGCUAGGACUUACUAAUUUCCAUGUCUUAAGGCAUGCUUUCGAAGCUGAAGAACACUUCUCGGAGUCGUUUCCUCCAAAUCCGGAUCGGUCGUACGGAACCGCGGUUAGCCCCUCAAACAAAGAUCACGCAUUUACAGUUCGGAAGCUGGAAGCGCGCUUGACGGAAGCCCGUGAGACGUAUGAGCGUCUCUCCCAGGAUCUCGAUUUGUUCCAGGACGAUCCAUACUCGGAAAGAAUACGUCCCAAUGUGGAGAGGGAGCUCCAUCAGCGUAACAGAUUAGAGGAGGAGUUUGGUGAAGCCAGAACGUUCUCUCGUAAUAUCGGCACUAUCUAUGCAGGAUCUGGAUUCCGAACUCGCCACAACCCACAAUUUUCCGACCUACAGGAAGAUAACAACUGGGCACUUGAUUGGGGUUUAGUUCAGAUAGUUAGAUCGAAGACUAUCCCGCGUCAACUCCGGAACAUACCCAUAAAAACCGACGACAAGGGUUGCGAUAUUUUCGACCAUAUUGGUAAGGAAACUGAGGUCAGCCAGUAUUGCACAAUCUCUACGGAUAAGAACUACAAGGUCAUGAAGCGAGGAAGGACAACAGGUUGGACCGAAGGCACGGUUAGCGCAAUCGCCUCGACGCUUCGCAUAAGCGAUAAACCUAUACCACAAACACCGACUCACCUACAAGAACGGUUCAAAGACAUGUUCGGGAAUAAACCUGUUUUCGUCCAUGGUGUUAUAGGUACAGCUAGGGUACCUAUAUUUCUGGAACCUGGGGACUCUGGAAGCCUUGUUCUGCUAAAUCAACCCUCGAAUGUCCCUGGCGUCGCUAUUGUUGGACUUGGCUUCGCCGGCAACGACGUGACUCUCGCCUCAUACAUGAUUCCCAUGGAUUUAGUCGUCCAAGACAUCGAGGAAAUCACAGGGGGGAAGGUCAUUGAGCCACAGUACGCGGGCGAGGUGCAUGUUCCAAAUGAUCAGGAUAAGGAACGGAAACCGUAA